AUGCGGCUCAUUAUUGUCACAGCCUUGUUCCUGGCUACUGCCGAGGCCCAAAAUUUGCCACGACAGACAGCAAACUCGACAAAGCUUCUCACAGACCUGGACAUUAUCUCUAAGUAUUGGGGUGAGAUCUCACCCUAUUCCGACAAUGCCGAUAAUUACUUCGGUGUCCAGGAUGUUGGAAUUCCCUCAGGCUGCCAACUUGAACAGGCACACUCGCUACAGAGACAUGCAAAUCGUUUUCCUACGGGUGGAGACGACGAUGGUGGUAAUGAUGAGCGUUUCGCUCAAAAACUGACCAACUUCACCUCCACCCACACCGGCAUGUUAUUCACCGGGCCUCUGGAAUUCCUGAAUACCUACCACUACGAGAUGCUAGAAAGCUUUUUGACCGGUCUCGGGGCAUCGACUGAAUUCCAAGCUGGAGUCACCUUCUGGAACCGAUACGGCAGGACGCUGUAUAAUGCCUCCGUCGGUCAAGUGGCAUACAAUGCCAGCUUCCCCAAUGGAUCUGUUCGACCGAAGCCUGUGUUACGAACCACAUCUCAGUCUCGUAUUUACGACAGCGAAAUUAAUUGGUCGCUCGGGUUUUUCGGACCCAGCUUCGAGACCAUGCCAAAUCCGAAUCUCACCAAUGCUUCUACUUCUUUCACUGUCGUUAUUAUUCCAGAAGGCGGUACUGAGAAUAAUACCUUAGCAUCCUACGACAGCUGUCUUAAUGAUAACGACAACGUGAUUGGCUAUCUAGGCGAUGAUGACCUCUUUACAUACAUCCCCAAGUAUCUCAAGAACGCCACGGCCCGAAUGCAACAGUAUGCUCCUUCCGGGUUUAUUUUCAACACCAACGAUACAUAUGCCAUGCAAAGCAUCUGUGCAUACGAGAUGGGCUACCUUAGUCAGUCUGAUUUUUGCUUUCUCUUUACCUUGGAGGAGUGGGAGAGCUUCGAGAAUACCCUGGAUAUGCAAUACUACUACGAUUACUCUUUCGGUAAUCCGACAGGUCGUGCCCAAGGCGUCGGUUAUCUACAAGAACUUAUCGCCCGCCUUGACCGUCAAUUCAUCACGUCGUCCAAUUCGUCCGUCAACUCUACCUACGAUAACAAUGAAGCCGAAUUUCCGCUAGGACAGGCCUUCUACGCAGACUUCAGUCACGACGACAUAAUCAUCUCAGUUCUGACCGCUCUGUCUCUCGAUUACUUCCGAGUGCCUCCAAGCUUGACUGAGGUUCCUCCCAAUCCCAAUAGGCCUUUUAUUCUCUCGCAUCUUACGCCGUUUGGUGGUAGAUUGAUCACUGAAGUCAUCGGAUGCGCAUCUGGUGAUCCCGCCCCAGUCGCUAAUCAUAGGACUCAAUACUAUCCAACCCAGUACGGUUACAAUCCUGCGAAUGCUACACACAAAUUUAUCCGAAUGCGCCUCAACAAUGGGAUUCUACCAUUAGACACAAUUCGCGGUGGGGCUUGUAAGGGCAGGUCGGAUGGGAUGUGCGCGAUAAACAGCUUCCUGCAAAGCCAAGCAGAUGCGUACACCUUAUCGAACUAUGACUUUGCCUGUUUUGGUAACUACACCAUUGCGGAUCCUACAAGUGGGAAGGAUUACGAUGGAACAAUCUCUGCCUAA